AUGGCUCUAGAAGAAGAACUUUGGGGAAUCAAAUCUAGGACUGAUUGGUUAAUUCAAGGUGAAAGAAACACUACCUUCUUUCACCUUUCCACUCUUAUCCGGAGAAGCGGGAAUCGUAUUACUCGAAUUAUGAAAGAAGAUGGUUCCUGGGAAGAGAACAUUGAGAGGGUGAAAGAUAUUUUUACCAAUGGUUUUGAUAAACUGUAUAAAACUGAGCAAGUUAUGUGUCAUAGAGGUCCCAGCCAAAUCCCUAUUUGGGGAAACUGUCUGUUGGCUUCAGAAGCACAAAAUUUGGCUGCUAACCCUACGGAUGCUGAGAUUUUGUUGAAAUACCUUAUGCCGACCCUAGUAUCAACUUCCCAAACAGCAUUCAUAUCUAGAAGACGAGGCACAGAUAAUGUGAUUAUAGCCCAGGAGUUGGUCUACACUAUUGAAAGAAAGAAAGGGAAGGUAGGAUUCAUGAUAUUAAAAAUCGAUUUGGAAAAAGCGUAUGAUAGAUUAGAGUGGAGCUUUGUGAGAAGUAUGUUAGUGAGCUUGGGGUUCCAUCCAGAUACUGUGGAGUUAAUCCUUAGCUGCAUUUCCUCUACUUCGGCUUCCUUACUCUUCAAUGGGAGUCGGAUUGGGGAGAUUUUCCCGUCCCGCGGUCUAAGGCAAGGAGACCCAAUAUCCCCUUACAUUUUUAUUAUAUGCAUGGAGUUUUUGAACACCCUUAUCAAUCGGAAGUGUGAAGAGGGAAGUUGGAAAAAGAUUAAAGCUUCUCGCAGUGGUCCGGGCUUCUCACAUACUUUCUUUGCCGAUGACUUUUUACUUUUUGCCAAAACUGAUGAGAGUAAUAUUGAAGCUAUAGUCGAUGUGCUUGAUGAAUUUUGCAAUCUCACGGGUCUUAAAAUCAGCAAAGCAAUAUAA